AUGUCCACUUCAGAAGAUUUCGGAUCUGCCUCAUCUUUAAUUCCCUCCGAAGUUUCCCGUGUUACUAUGCAAAAUACCACACAUUGGUUGGAUCAAUCGAGAGCAACAUCCUCAACCAUGUUAAUCAUAUUGUGGAAGCGCCCCGCUGAAAACAAAUAUGAAGCUCUUAAAUGUUCCAUAUUAGAUGAGUUUAUUGAAUCGGAAGAGAAAAGACUGCGUCAACUUCUGGAAAACGUAAGUGUUGGCGAUAAAAAACAAUCCACACUUCUACGUGAAAUGCGUACGCUGGCUUCUGCCAAAGUUUCGGAAGAAUUGCUCAUGACAUUAUGGAUUCAACGUCUUCCAUCUACGACAAAAGCUAUUUUAUCGGUUAGUAAUGAUACAAUUGAUAAACUAUGUUUAAUAGCCGAUAAGAUCCAUGACCAGAAUGAUUCGGCAAUAUCAAUCAGCGCUGUUUCUGCAGAUAAUGAUGAAAGAAUUUCUAACCUUGAAAAUACAAUUCAAGAGAUAUUUUCCAAAUUAGAUGCACUUUCAAUCGGUAAUCGUCGCCGCAAUAGAAGUUCUUCGAGAAAUUUGCCAAGAAAUCGAACUCGUUCUCCUUCUGAAAAAACAUUUUGUUGUUAUCAUCAUAGAUUUGGUUCUAGAGCUACAAAAUGUCGCCCACCAUGUUCAUUAAAAUCAUCGGAAAAUAACUAG